UACGGGACAUGCGAUGAUUUACCAUGACAAGUAAUGCUUCUGUCGUCUUUUAAUCACAGCGAAUGACUUGUGGACGGCCAGCUGAGGGGUUUAUACAUCGAAAUGGCCUGAGGAUUAAGUUGUGUGAAGUAACGCAGUAAAGUGAGUUGUUGCUAGGCAGUAAUGUAAAGUAACGGUAGCCUAGUUUGUGGCCGCAGGCAGCGUCGGACUUUUUUCUUUUUUUCUUUUUUGGGAACAAUUCAGUCCAUCCGGUGAGUGAGUCUCUAACCGGUCCCUGAAUCAAUAACUUAUUAAUUAACACACAAGAAACAGGUGAAUGAAGUGCAUUGUGAAAAGCAGCCCUCCCCUGCAGGAUGUUAUGGUGCUCCUUCACCAGCGUUAGCAUGCUCUUAAAGAGAAUUACUGCUGUAUAAACGGGGCCAAGUAUCCUACAGCCGGUCCUGGAAACUGUAAGGACUUUGGUGAACAAAACGUGAGGAGAAACAGCUCCUUGGAGGUCUGCUUGUGCGUUUUCUGUCCCAGGCAGCAGCCAUGGAGGAGGAGGUGAGCAUGGAGUAUUUGCUGGAGCAGGUGAUGCAGAAGGACCUGGGGAAGAGGCUCCAGGUGGGCCAGGAGAUCAUGGAGCUCAUCCUGGACGAGGAGAAGUCCCCCGACAUGGAGCGGGACCAGACCCUGCUGGACAGGAUGGUGGACACAGUGGCCAGCUCCUGGGUCAACUCCAGCAACUUCAAGGUGGUUUUAUUUGGGAUGGACAUCCUGUCCGCUCUGGUCAGCCGACUGCAGGAGAGAUUCAGGACGCAGGUGGGAACAGUCCUCCCGAGCCUCAUAGACCGGUUAGGGGACGCCAAGGACCAAGUUCGAGACCAGGACCAAGCGCUGCUGCUGAAGAUCAUGGACCAGGCUGCGAACCCACAGUAUGUGUGGGAGCGAAUGAUGGGAGGCUUCAAGCACAAGAACAACCGGACCAGAGAAGGACUCUGCCUCUGUCUCAUCUCCACCCUCAAUGUGUUUGGCUCUCAGAGUCUGACUCUCAGUAAAAUCGUUCCUCACAUCUGUAACCUCCUCGGAGAUCCCACAAGUCAGGUGCGUGACGGAGCCAUGAGCUGCCUGGUGGAGAUCUACCGCCACGUCGGAGAACGAGUGAGGAUGGACCUGGGAAAGAAGGGUCUGCCUCAGUCGCGGCUAAACGUCAUCUUCAGUAAAUUCGACGAAGUUCAGAGGUCAGGGAACAUGGUCCUUUCACCUGUGUCAGACAAAAACUUUGAGGAUGAAGACUCGGGGGACGGCGGCCGUUCCUUGUCCUCUUCCAAAGGAGCCUCGCUACCUGAGAAGAAGACGGUGAGCAUGGGGUCAUUUCGACGCCAGGCCUCCGCCUCCGGCACCAAGUCUGCAGGGAGGGACGGGUCUGCUGCUGGAGCUGUGGAUGAAGAGGACUUCAUCCAGGCCUUUGAGGACGUCCCCACAGUGCAGAUCUACUCCAACAGGGAGGUUGAGGAGGCCAUGACGAAGAUCCGAGACGUGCUGUCAGACGAUAAGAGGGACUGGGAGCUCCGAGUGGCAGCUCUGAAGAAGGUGCGUUCGCUGCUCCUGGCCGGCGCGGUGGAGUUUGACGGGUUUCCGCAGCAGCUGCGGCUGAUGGAGGCGGCGUUCAAACUGUCCGCAAAGGACCUCCGCUCUCAGGUGGUCAGAGAGGCGUGCCUCACUCUGAGCCACCUGUCGUUGGUGCUGGGCAGCCGGUUCGACCACGCGGCAGAGGCCAUCAUGCCGACCCUCCUGAACCUGGUCCCCAACAGUGCCAAAGUCAUGGCUACCUCCGGCAUCGCCACCAUCCGCCUCAUCCUCCGACACACACACUACCCCCGUCUCAUCCCCAUCAUCACCAGCAACUGUUCCUCCAAAUCUGUGGCUGUGAGAAGGCGCUGCUUUGAGUUCCUGGACCUGCUGCAGCAGGAGUGGCAGACCAGCUCUCUGGAGAGACAUGGAACAGUGUUGAUGGAGACGAUAAAGAAAGGGAUCCACGAUGCAGAUGCAGAAGCUCGCUCCGUGGCCAGAAACCGACCGCUGUCUGUAAAAAACACCUUUGGAGGCGGGACAACGAGAUCCAAAGCCUCCCACACCAGGCCGCCGGCUGCAGCCUCCUCUCCAGGCUCCCUGCAGCGCUCUCGCAGCGACGUAGACGUCAACGCGGCGGCCUCCGCCACCGCCACCGCCCGCACCCGGAUGCCCGCCGUGUCCUCCGCCAUGCAGCCGUCGGCCCCACCCUUCAGCUCGGCCUCGGCCCUCCCCCCCGGGUCCUACGCUUCGCUGGGUCGAGUACGGACCAGAAGAACGAGUUCGGGAACCGGUCCGUCCGUGACAGACACCCGGGGAAGGAGCCGAGGGAAAGUCGUCUCGCAGUCUCAACCCGGCAGUAGGUCAGGUUCUCCGGGCCGCCUGCUGAGCUCCACCUACGGCAGGAUCCCGAGGCCCACCAUGGGCACCGCCCCCCCCACCAGCACCACCACCAGCACCACCAGCACCACCCUGAACGACAAGAGCCGGCCCCGGGGUCACCGUAGCCAUGGCUGCAGCCGAGAGACCAGCCCCACCAGAUCAGGAACGGCCCGGAGCCGAAUCCCCCGGCCAAGCAUGAGUCAGGGCUGCAGCCGCGAAACCAGUCGCGAGAGCAGCCGCGACACCAGCCCCGCCAGGGGUUUCUCCCCCCUGGCGACUCAGCGUCACUCGCGUUCAACCAGCGCCCUGUCGUCUGCAGAGUGCUACUCAGACCGUCUGUCUCAUCAGGCUCGGAUCUCGGCGUCCGUCAACGCCAUGAAAAUCCUCAACACCGGCACCGACGUGGAGGCGGCCGUCGCUGACGCCCUGCUCUUAGGAGACUCGAGGAGUAAGCGGAGGCCGGUGAGGCGGCGCUUCGAGUCUCCGGGAAUGUACUCGGACGACGACGCCAACAGCGACGCCUCCAGCGCCUGCUCCGAGCGCUCGUACGGCUCGCGCAACGGCGGCGCGGCGCCGCACUACCUGCGCCAGACGGAGGACGUGGCCGAGGUGCUGAACCACUGCGCCAGCGCCAACUGGUCUGAGAGGAAGGAGGGUCUGCUGGGCCUGCAGAACCUGCUCAAGAGCCAGAGGAUGCUCAGUCGCGUGGAGUUGAAGAGGCUCUGUGAGAUCUUCACCAGGAUGUUUGCAGAUCCUCACAGCAAGAGAGUCUUUAGCAUGUUCCUGGAGACUCUGGUGGACUUCGUCACGCUGCACAGGGACGACCUGCAGGACUGGCUCUUCGUCCUGCUCACCCAGCUGCUGAAGAAGAUGGGCGCCGACCUGCUGGGCUCCGUCCAGGCCAAAGUCCAGAAGGCCCUAGACGUCACCAGAGAUUCCUUCUCGUACGAGCAGCAGUUCAACAUCCUGAUGCGGUUCAUCGUGGACCAGACCCAGACCCCCAACCUGAAGGUGAAGGUGGCCAUCCUGCGCUACAUCGAGGCGCUGGCCCGCCAGAUGGACCCGGGCGACUUCGUCAACUCCAGCGAGACGCGCCUCGCCGUCUCUCGCAUCAUCACGUGGACGACCGAGCCCAAGAGCUCCGACGUCCGCAAGACCCUUCAUAGCUGGGCAGGGGAGGAUUUCUCAGGCCGACCCAUCAUCGUGGCCUCUCUGCCUGGGGAGGGCAACCUGGAGGAGAGGUGCAAGCAGGCGGCCCAGGUGGUGCUAAUUGCCCUGUUUGAGCUGAACACACCGGAGUUCACCAUGCUGCUGGGCGCGUUGCCCAAAACCUUCCAGGACGGGACCACCAAGCUGCUGCACAACCACCUGAGGAACGCCAGCGCCAACAGCGGCAUCACCAUGGCGUCUCCCGGUAACUCGGCGGGUCGCACCCCCCCGCGGCCGCCCAGCAGCCGCAGCAGCCCGCUGACCUCGCCCACCAACUGCUCCCAUGGGGGUCUUUCUCCCAGUCGGCUCUGGGGCUGGAGCGCAGACGGGCUCUCCAAGCUCCCUCCUCCACCCUUCCCCUCCCCUCUUCCUCCACCCUCCGCCCACUCCUCCGGCAAGGCAGUGCGGCGAGCUUAUUCACCCAGCAUGCUGGAGUACGACAGUGAGAACCUGAACUCGGAGGAGAUCUACAGCUCCCUCCGCGGCGUCACCGAGGCCAUCCAGAACUUCAGCUUCCGCAGCCAAGAGGACCUGGUGGAGCCGCUGAGGCGGGACGGCAAGAGGGACGGCAUGUCCGGAGUCGGGGCGUCCUCGGAGCUCGGCGGUGAGGUGGUCGGUGGAGGACGCACAGCCCUGGACAACAAGACGUCUCUGCUGAAUACGCCCUCGCCGCGCUCCUUUGCCGGCCCGCGUUUCAGGGACUACAACCCGUACAACUACACGGACGGCAUCAGCUCGCUGGACAAAGCUGCCCUGAAGGAGGCGCUGUUUGAGGACGCCGUGGAGCAGCUGCGAGACGGCGGCAGACAAGAAUGUGUGGAAAACAAGAUCGUGAACCCCAAAAGCUUCCCUGCCGUCCCUGCCGAGCAGCUGCAGCUGGUCGGGGAGCUGCUGAAGGAGCUCUCCCAGGGCCAGGCGGGGGACCGGGGACCCGAGGACCGACGGGGGACUCUGCUGGAGCUGCUGAAAGUGGCCCGAGAGGACAGCCUGGUGGUGUGGGAGGAACACUUCAAGACAAUGCUGCUGCUACUGCUGGAGACGCUGGGGGACAAAGACCACACGAUCCGGGCGCUGGCCCUGCGGGUCCUGAAGGAGAUCCUGAGGAAUCAGCCGGCCCGCUUCAAGAACUACGCUGAGCUCACCAUCAUGAAGACGCUGGAGGCGCAUAAGGACAUGCACAAGGAGGUGGUGCGUGCAGCGGAGGAGGCGGCCUCCACCCUGGCGGCCUCCAUCCACCCGGAGCAGUGCAUCAAGGUCCUCUGUCCCAUCGUGCAGACCGCGGACUACCCCAUCAACCUGGCCGCCAUCAAGAUGCAAACCAGGGCCAUUGAACGCAUCGCCAAGGAGCCGCUGCACCAGCUGCUGUCUGACAUCAUACCCGGACUCCUGCAGGGCUACGACAACACGGAGAGCAGCGUGAGGAAGGCCAGCGUCUUCUGCCUGGUGGCCAUCUACUCCGUGAUCGGAGAGGAGCUGAAGCCGUACCUCGCUCAGCUGACCGGCAGCAAGAUGAAGCUGCUCAACCUGUACAUCAAGAGGGCGCAGACCUCCACCAGCAACAGCAGCAGCUCCUCCGACAUCUCGUCCUACUAACACCAACACCACCUCCGUUACGCUUCAAUCAUCUAGAGUUUCAUCAUCUUCCCAUCCAACUUUUUUUCCCAAAUUCUUCCCAUUUCAUUCCUUCAUUUUAUGAAGCUGAAGUCGUCUUCGUGGCUCCAGUUCCUGGACCAUCUUCUUGACAGCGUUAGCUGGUUUUAGGGGGACAGGUUUGCAGGUUUUGAUGAAGAACCAGACCCUCCUUUCUCUUUCACACCAACUAGAGUCAUGAGCCUUAAAACUUGAUCUUCCUCCGAUGCACGGAGGAACCAAGGUGAUCGUAGAAACCAUCCUCUCCUCAUUUCACCAUCUUCUUGGUCAAUCGGAUCUGAAAUGAUCCUGAAAAACAUUUAAAGUUACUUUAGCUUUUACUUUUCAUCUCCUCUAACUUAUAAGAGGUGAAAUCGGGGGAAAAAGUUCAUGUUUUCCCCUCCUCUCAUUGCAGGAGGAAACCUGUAGCUAUCAGUAUUUUUAGUAAUUUUUAGUACCUUUAAUCCACUUCCUUGAACUAUUGUUUUGCUUUGACACAUCAAACCUUAUUGUAUAUUGAAUGUAAAGAGCUUUUGAAUGGAUCUUACCUGUGAAUCUCCUUCCUGAACUACUGCCUCAUUGCACCCGCUGGGUCAGUCUUAAAGGUCCGGGGACGUUUUACCAAUUAGUGCGAAGAAAACGCUCAAAAAGUGGCACUUGUAGUCUUUAAGAGGCCGAAGUCAAGAAGUCGAAAACAUGUCAAAAAUAAAGCGCUUUCAUUUAGAGAUUCGACACCUUUUGAUGAGUAGAACAGUUUGAAUGUAACGUUCCUGCUGUUGCACUUAUUACUAGAAGAGCAACUUAAUCCAACUUAAUGUUAGUUUUUAUUAAAUGAUCAUUUGGCUGGCCAAUGAUUUUAACCACUACGAGGAUUUUAUUGUUUUGGGCCCAACUACCAGCAGAGGAUAGAUGGAUCAGUGUUAUUUAAAUUACAAAAUAUGUUGGUGUUAAGAAAACUAGGACUUCCUUUGUUCUGUGUGACACUUAUCAGUUGAAUUCCCAUUUAAAAAUCUAUAAUAUAAUAUAAUUUAUAACGUUUUAAUUAAACUGCUAGAUGUUUCACACAGGGUUUAACACUAAAUUACAAACAGGAGAAAUCUAUGGACACAAAUUUAUUUAAAUAUAUAUUAUUAUUUAUUAUAAUUAUUGCUCUUUAAAUGGCAAAUAUUUGUCAGAAAAAGGACUUACGUAUUGUCCGUUUACCCUGGAGUUUAAAAAACAGACUUUUAUCCGCGUCGUGACAUCAUUUCAAUUCGUAAAAUUGGAAAUGGUUAAAUUAAACACUAUGUUGUCGUGCAAAACUUUACUGAUAAGAUAAUUCUUGUUAAAAAAAUGGGACCAAACACAUUCUCAUAAUCUCCUCAUCAGCAAAUGGGACAACUGUUGGACAGAAAAGUAGUUUUUAAAUUAGUUAAAGUAGCAACACAACGUUUUUAAUCAACAUUAUUUGACCGUAUAUGAUUAUUUAACCGAUAAGCGUCUCAUGGAACCACUUUUACCAUCUAUACUCUACAUAUUUAAAAUCAUACGGUGACUUUUUAGUCACUCAGCUGAGAAAUACCAAGUAAGGAUUAUUAGGAAAAAUGAAGUAAAACCACUAAAAGACAGCGGUGAUGUUUGUGAAGCUGAAGACCCAGUUGUGUGUAAACUGGGAGGUUAUUGGUUAAGAUGUCUGCUGUCUUACAGGUUACAUAUAUAUAUAUAUAUAUAUAUAUAUAUAUAUAUGGAUGUUAUAUAUUACUCUUAAAAAGGUCAAAAUUGAAGUUUCAAAAGUAGCACAACUGCUUACAACGUAUUCUUGUUUUAAAGAGAUGGUUUCGCAGUUCCUCUGUAUCCGUUGUUCCUAAAUCGAAUGUAUCACGUCACUUGGACCCCUUUUAUUCAAAAAUGUGAACUAUUUAACCGAAAAUCGGACCGAGAGAUUGACAAAUCUGAAUGAUUAGAUGCUACCAAAAAGCCAACUGAUUGAGUUGUGAAAAGUGCCCGCGUCGCGAG